UGGAGUAAUCCACCAGCACUGAGUGAGUGAGUGCGUGCGUGUGUGUGUCUAUGUGUUUGUGUGCGCCAGAGGAUCAAGAUCAAACAUCACCUACCUGAAAAUCACGCCUCAGUUCGAGUGAAGAUGCAUCCGGUGCGAGUGUCGAUCCCGUCUUUUCGCUCAGAAAACAGCUCGGUGGAGAAAGGAUACACGGUCUUUAAAAUUGACGUGUUGAUGAACGGCAGACAGCAUACUGUUGAGAAACGCUACAGCGAAUUCCACGCUUUGCAUAAAAUGCUGAAGAAGACCAUAAAGCCACCCGAGAUCCCCUCGAAACAUGUGAGAAACUGGGUUCCCAAGGUCCUGGAGCAGAGGAGACAUGGCUUGGAGCUCUACCUGCAGACUAUAAUUAUGGAAAACGAGGUCCUUCCAAAGAUAUUCCUGGAUUUCCUGAACAUCCGCCAUUUUCCUUCAGUGCCAAAAACAGAAAGUUGUGGGUCGUUUGAUACAGAAUCACUGGAGUCGAGUAAACUUUCACAUCAGCCGGUCAUGCUGUUUCUGAGAGACCCCUACCUGCUGCCGGCUGGACACGAUGAAUUUUCUAACGUUGUGAUCGAAGGCGUGGUGCACGGAGUUUACUACCCAGAUCUUCAGCCAAGGUAGAGCCUCCAAGCCGAAUCUGAGGGGACGUCACUACAAACGGGAUGCUUCUUUUUUUUCCUGCACCAUUUUAGGUGUGCUUCAUGAAGAACGUAACACGUUAGGACACACUGAGCCCUUCACAUCUUCCAAAGCAAAUAACGAGAAUCCAUUGUUUUAUUUUUGUAAGAAAGGACGCCUGGACUCAGCACAUUUUAAAGCAUAAACGCUAUAUUAUCCGUUGUCCACUAACAAACUCUCCACUGUAAAAAUGAAGUGAAACUGUUUGACUGGUUACUUGGAUGUGUUGAAGCACACAGGCCUAUUUUCAGAAAAAACAGAGCUUGAUAUAUUGUAACUAACUUUAUUUCGUAAAAAACGUAACCAGCAAAAUUAACAGAGGAUCAACUGGAAUUAGAAAUGUGAGGCUCAUAAGAGCAACGGACCUGAUUGUACUCUUUUUUUGGUUUGUUUGUUUUAGUCACCCUACAAUGUAUUCUGAAUGACCCUUGCACUCUCAUGAACUGAAAAAGGGUUAGUGUGCCAGACGCACAGGAGCAUUUCUGGCGUCUAAAGCACAGGGUUAGACUGAGGAGAUUGUUGGAUCAUGGCCUGCAAACAGGGAGGUGCCCUUCUCUAUUUUAUCUCCAGUGAUGUGGUGUUUCUGUUUAUUUCGAGCUGCCAAAAGGAGCCUGCUGUGGGAGUGCAGUGGGUGAAUUUUUUUUUUUUUUUUAGGGACUGAAGAGGGUGUUUGUGCGUUUUGGUGGAGCCGACAGCAAGACGUUAGGGUGGAAAUGAUUGACUUUUUAAACAGACUCUGGCUGUGAUAUUCACGUCUUUCAUGAAGUCCGUGAGAAGUACUGUAGUGUUGAUAUUCGUGCUAGUGAGCUCGCUAUGAUGAAGUGACAAAGACUGAAAUAUGUGCCACAGCUGACUAGUAGACGCAGAUGGGAACGGUGCAAUUACUUUGGCUUCACUUGCAUUUUCCGUUCCCUCAGCAGAUCUUCCCACAUUAAAAAAAACA